AUGAUUUACACUUUUUUUCAAUCAAACUUUCAUCAAAUUGUAACAAAAAAAUGUUACCUUUGCAUUUGCAAAAGCUAAAAACUGCAUAAAAAACGAGACAAAGAAAGGUAAAAAUGGUCAAGACAAUUUAAUUGUACAAGAAACUAGUUUAGUAGUCAUUUUAGGACACUUUGAGCAUCUUUAACCAUUUUAGCACAAAAAUGUAACCCCAGAAUGAAGUGAAAAAAUGUUGAUUACUAAAUAGUCAGCAAAAGUAAAUGCAAAUGCAUUUGAAAAUGGAUGAAAAGUUUUACAAAAAAUUGUUCAAUUAAAUUUUUAUUGUUGGGAUAAUUUAUUAAAAAAAUGAUUGCAUUCUUGCAAAAUUUGAUUGAGUAAAAGUUGAUGCAAAGUUGUGUUGAAGCAGCAAAAAAAAGUACAGCUUUUGUUUAUUUUGAGGAUUACAAAAAAUGGUCAAAUUUUGUGAACAAGUAAUAAACCUUUAUAACUCUUUGUUGCUCCGAUUGGCGAGUUUCUCACUAAUUUUACCGGCGACAUUCUACCUGAGUGUUUGUAGGUAUGGAAUGUGUCUGUGUACUUUACUGUCAACUGUAUUGACUUAAAUUAUGUUUAUUGAAUGGGAUCAGAAUUUUUGUCUGUCUUGUAAGUUUAAGGCCUAACAAGGCGACUCAGAGUAAACAGCCAGGUUUAAAAAAUACCUAAACCAGGUGCAUAAAGUAACAAAGCAAGAGACCAGAAUUUACAUCUUAAAAAAACAGGUUUCCACUAAAAAACCGGUUACAGUACAAUUAUUCAACCUACCUUGCUUGGUGAAGUUUAACAACGGACCCUCAACCAUAGGAGUCUCACUGAUUGAAUGGUGGAGCCACUGUUUAGUCAGUGGGAAACCAGAGAUUCACUUGCAAUUUCUUUCACCCUUGUAUUACAUUCUUUGUUUUUGUUUCACUCUCAGUCAACUUCCAUUGAUAAUGGCCACAAAAAAGUUUCUUGUUCGCUUUAUUAAUCAUCUGAUCGAUUCAGCUCCUAACUCUCCUUUAGAGCUUACAACUGACCAAACGAGCUUAACGGGAUCUGAUAAUGUACCACUAUCUUCAGAACAUAACAUCGCUCUUGUAUAUUUAAAUAAAUAUAAAAAAGGUGACAUUGUUUCUUCAGCAAGUGGAAUCCGUAAAAAAUUCAAUGGUAAACAAUGGAGAAGAUUAUGUUCGAAGGAAGAUUGUACCAAAGAGUCUCAGAGGAGAGGUUUUUGCUCCAGACAUUUAAGUAUGAAAUCAUCGUCAACUUCAAAUUCACCAGGGUGUUCUACUAUUGGUUGGAAUCCAAGUGCAGUAACAGUAUCAUCGAGUAUGAUAGCAUCUAACAUGGCUACAUCUUCGGUAUCUAAUGAUAUGAAAGGAAUGAAAGCAGUGUCAAGUCCAUUGCCAAAUCCACCAAUAACUCCUACAGCAAAAUCUCCUCUUCAAAACAAUUUUCCUCGAAAUCAAGUAUUCGGAGAGAAUGGUUUGAGUUUGCAUUCAUCCGAAUCUCAAAAAAUUGUUAAUUUAGCUGUUGCUUCAUCUGUUUCUGUUUCUAUUGCUGCUGCUGCACCAGUCUCUGCUUCUACGGCCUCUUCUGGAGCUUCAUCAUCAUUUUCAUCUACAGCAUCAUCAACAACAUCAUCAACAGCAUCAUCGACUGCAUCUUCGUGUUAUUCUUCAUCAUUCGAUACGACAGAAGCUGCCAACAUGUUGAUCUCACUACGUACCUCACCUAAAGCGGGAAACCAAACAGUUAUUGUUAAACCUAAUGAAUUGAGCUUAGUUGCUGGAGCUAGAUCUGGUCUAAUGGCAGCUAGACUUAUUAGUAAUGAAAACUCAUUUUUCCUUGGACAGCCAAAUUCAAUCCCUUUGUCUCCCCAUACUGUACAAAGUUGUCAAAGUACAACAUUACCUGUUGCAACAUUAUCUGUAAACUCACCAUCACCAUCACAAUUGUCAUCGGAAUCAUCCCUUGCAUCCACAAAAGGAAUGCCAACAGGAACUCAUUUCGUGCAAGCGCUGCAUAUAGACGGAAAUAAUUUGACUAAUUCCAUAGGACGUAUCGAAGAAAGGUGGAAUAGUGAAAAUGCAGAAUCAAGAUCCUGUUUGAAUAAUAAUGGUAACAAUAAUAAUAAUAAUAAUAAAAUAAACAAUGAUUUAUCAAAUGCCACCAAUAACAUUAAUGCUACUGUGGAUAGUAACAAUCAUGUUACUCAUAGUUAUCACCAUGAUCAUCGUGUUAAAGAAUGGCUUUUACCGAAUAGUGUUAAUGGUUCAUCGCCAUCAUCUGUAACAUCUUCAUCUAAUCAUGAAAUGCCUUUAUUUCCAUGGCAUAAUAGUAAUAAUAAUCACUCAUUAUCUUAUCACCGUAAUAUAUCACCAAGUGGACCUAAUUCACCUCCUCGAAGUGCACCUCCACAAUUCAGUGAUUCUGAGAAUGACCUAGAUGAAGAUGAAAUAUUGGAUGUAGAUGGUGGUGGAGGUGAAGGAGAAGAUGAAGAUGAUGAAGUAUUUACAUCAUUAUCGUCAUCAACGACGACCACAACAACGAAAACUACAACCGUUACUUCAAAUAGUAUUGAAAAUAAAAAUGAUGAAGAUGACUCAAAUAUGAUUAUUGAUAAAUUGUCAAAUGUAAUAUCUGUUGCACGACGUCGAUCAAAAUCUUGCAGUGCAUUACAAGAUGGCUCUAAAGAUUUGAAAGGUGAAGAAGCGUGUAAUAAUAAUGGAGAUAAUGGUGACGAUGACGCAAACUUAAAGAAGAGUAAAUCUACAUCCAAACAACAUAUCCGAAGGCCUAUGAAUGCAUUUAUGAUAUUUUCUAAACGACAUAGAGCUUUAGUUCAUCAACGCCAUCCAAACAGUGAUAAUCGUACUGUUAGCAAAAUUCUCGGUGAAUGGUGGUAUAGUCUGAAAAAAGAAGAGAAAGAUCAAUACAACGAUCUUGCAUUUAAAGUUAAAGAAGCUCAUUUCAAGAAACACCCCAAUUGGAAAUGGUGCUCCAAAGGAACCGGUCCAGGCUCUAGUUUAGAGAAUGAAAGUAUUCCUCUUACAAAUGAAGAUGGCUACAAAAAGAAGCCAGUUUCUAAAUCUGUGAAGAGAAAGUCUAAAUCUGAUGAUAAACUUGAAGAAAACAGUUCAAGCUCUGUCAAUAGCUCUCGUUCCUAUUCUAAAUCUACAGCCCUUAAAUCAAUAAACGAAGAAGUCUUGAAUUCUUCAACCCUUAUGGAAAUUGAACCUUCCAACAAUGAACCUGUUGACAAUAUUCGAGAAAACAGACCAUCGGUUCGUUUCAGCUCACCUGUUGAUCUUCGCACUCCUUCUUCUGCUAAAAGUUAUUCGCCAUCAGUUACACCUACACAAUCCUCUUCAAUUGAUUUAAGCCUUCACUCUGUUAAUUCAGCAUCUUCUGCGUCCUCUGCCUCUUCUUCCUCUUCUUCCUUGCUGCCUCUCAUUUCUCAAAGUAAUUUAUCGAAAUCUCCUGCAGAAAACUUGAGUUCAAUUCAUGAAUCUGCUCGAACUAUCGGACCAGAUGCUCAAGUUGAAUCAGUGGGAAGAGUUGGAGGCAGUGACAUACUUACAAGUUCAGCGUCGCCAUUUCCAAUGCACGUUAUUUCUCAGCCAUCUCAUUCACGUUUCUCACUGGUUAAUGAAUCAGCAGUUCCUAUUUCUUCACCUCUAUUUUUAACGUCUUAUUCUAAUUUUAUUUCGUACAAUGAAAACACUUCUGCCUCGAACUUGCCAUAUUCUCAAGUUAGUCAAAGGUCUCCCGUGAUAGUGGCUCCUCAGGGUCACAAGCAAAUGCGAUUGCCAAGUUCUGCUAAUCCCUAUUCUCCUAAUCCAAAUCAACCAAGUGCAUCAUCUCACCAACAGCUGCAAUUUGCGUCGCACCACAAAAAAACGAGUCACGAAACGCUUCCUUCGCAAAUAGCUAACAAACAUCAUCAACCUUUGCCAUUAUAUAAUCCUUUCAUGAGUUUUAUCAACCAUUACCAGCCACUUACUGCACCACUAACUCCAAUAGUACUAUCUCAUGUUGGUGUUAACCCACCGUCCCCUGCAAUAUUAUCGCCUUCCACAGUGCAUGGUUCAACAAGUGAACCAAAAUUCGUUUUAGCGCCCACUCCUGCUCAAUUGGGUAAAGUCCGAAACAAGAAACUUUCGGGAAAUACAAAUGAUCCUCAAUCAAGUGCCAAACUCAAUGAUAAUGAUGCUAAUACUAAUUUAACACUACCACCACCACUACCAACAUCAACAACUACUACAACAUCAACAACAAAUACUUCAGCUACCAAGAAAAUAAAUAGCAAUGAGGAUGAGAAUGAAUUUAAUGUGUCAAAAAAGAGUACAAACAAUGGUCACAAUGAACAACAAACACAACAAAACAAAGAGGAGAAACUGUCAAUGACUCAAGAUGGAAAAAUAACUGACAAUAAAGUUGAUCAUGAAGUUGAUAAUGAUAAGGUAAACAACGAUCCCAAUGGUAAUGAUAAUUUGAAAAUGAUGAAUGCUAACAUUAAAUUAAAUAACAGUAAUAGUAAUAAUACUAAUACUGAUAGUAUUGGUGACACUGCUGAUAAAGAUGCUAUGGAUAAAGUUUUAGAAGAAGUAAAUUUUGACCAACAAUUUGCUCAAUUACCAGAAUUUAAACCAGAAGAUAAAAAUUUAACAACAUCAGCACCAAGUACUCCUUUACCUUUUUCACCGACAGCAUUUGUACAAUCAUAUCGAAAGAAACAGCGUAGUUCAAUUUCUUCAGGAAUUUCAACACCAACUGCAUUCAAUUCUAAUUCUGUAACUACAAUUCCUGUUGUAUCUAAUGCUCCAUCGAUAACAUCAUCAUUAUCAUCUUCGUCAUCAUCUUCUUCAACUUCAACAACAACAAUUGCAUCAACAGUAGCAACAAUGCUAACAUCAACAUCCACUACAACAUUACCAACAUCUUCACCAAUGUCCGUAUCAACAUCAUCCAUGACAAUUCCAAAGAAUAACAAUCUCAAUUCAAAUUCAAAUUCAAAUCACCCAAUCACUUUAGGAUCAGGAGAAAAAUUUUUCGGUCCUAAUUUUAAUUUGGGUGAGGCUAUAGCAUCAGUUACUCAUAAUGGUGCCAAUAAUAAUACGCCAGAGUAUACAAAAAAUAAGAAUGUUAUUACUCUAUUGACACCUAAAUCACCUAAAACUCCUGGAGGUGAUAUUGAUAAAUCAUCUAACCGAAGAGUGCUCGAUCAAAGAAGACAAUUAGUGAUGCAAUUCUUCAAUGAAUGUGGCUUCUGGCCUACUGCUCAAGAAACUGCAUCAUUUCAACAGCGUUACAGCAAUGUUUUCCCGCAUAAACAUACUUUACAGUUAAAAAUACGAGAAGUUAGACAAAAACUUAUGGCAACAACACCAAUGACUCCAAAUUCCGCUUUAAAAGAACACAAUGAGAAUGCCAAAAUCAAUGAAAAUAACUCAUCAUCUAUUAUGAAUAAUAAAAAUGGUAAUAGUAACAGCUGUAAUAGCGAUGAUAAUGAAAAAGGGGAGGACAAGAAGAGUCCAUAUUAUGGGCAACAAUCUUUGGAUUCAAGCAAAUGUGAAAAUAGCAUUGAAAAUACAUCACAAUAUCCGAGCCAGGAACAAACACAACACCAGCAAUUACAAAAUUCGUUGAUCACUUCAAAGAAUGUACAAAAGAUGGAUAAUUAAUAUAUUGUUAAUCCAGUUAAAGAACGCACUAUCCCUCACUUUUCUCUCUCACACUCUCUUCCUCUCUUCCCAUAAUAGUUAAAACUCAUGUUAAUCUUGUGAUACAGUUAUCCUCUUAUCUAUCUCUAUUUAUGUAUAUUACAGUCAUUAUAAUUAAAAAAAUUUAAAAUUUUCA